AUCAAAAUAAUAUGUUCAGCUCUGUUUUGAAUGGUCCGGAUUCGCCUUUAUUCCAUAUGUAUUUUUGUAAUUAGCACUUUUUUGUACCUAAUUGCCGCAUUAUUAUUUAAGUUAUUAACCGAGCAAUCAUUCAAUAAGUGCUUUAAUUGAACGCGAAAAGUAUUAGAACCGAAAGUGCUACCGUUUGCUGGCUUACGCGAAUCCCCUAUAAUUUCACUCAAAUUUACUGCUUAAAAAAACAUGUUUUUUUCUAAAAAAUUCUCAAAAACCUAAAUUACAUACUCCACAUUGUUGCGUUUAUAAAUCUAAAACAUCGGGCAAUUGUAUACAUUACUUCUAAGCAGAACAGGUAAGCGCCGGCAACACUUAUAAUGGUACCUGAUUGAAUCGAACCCGGAGCGGUAGCACCUACAUCAUUGAGGAUUAAAGGCGAAAAUGCCCUCUAGCCAAACAAAUCAAGCAAACGAUUUCUUAAAAGCAGAUAUUCAGGAUGAUCAUCCUUCGGAUAUUGUCGAUGAGGAACAAGUUCAGCUGUCCCUGGACCCCAAGUUUCAGGUUCUGUUGGCGCAAAUGUCACGAGAAUCCGGAUGUUGGGGUAAAUUUUUUCCGAUGCCUUUCGAGAGGGCGUCCCAAAAGUCCUGGUGGGACCCCACCUUCGACUCUGAAAUACUCGAAGACCAGUACAAAAAGAGCGCGUUCAAUCACAAUAGGUUUAAAUUCAGGUAUGCAGUAUGGUAUACAAUCUGCAUAGCCGCCAUCUGGUUGACGUACGUCUUACUUCAAGGACUACUUACGGAAUUCAAAAACUUCUCUAUCAAAUACAUACUCUUUUUCAUACUCCUACUAUACAACAUACUUGUUCUAUUACUUACUUACACUAAGAUAUUUCAACUUCACAUGCAGACCAUCUCGUUGUCUUACGCGUUGAGUUCGGUCGCAUUCUCCUUAGUAUUUCUUAUCAUCUCCCAACGAGGACUAUUUUGUCACUCUACACAACUGUUGAUAUUAAUUUACACUUUGAUACCCCUAAAGCUUUAUAUGGCCUUAACUUUAGCUAUAAUUUACUCGGUGUCCUUCGAGUGUUUAACCAGCGUCGUCUAUACAUCGAUGCCGGACAUGGAGGAGACCGUCUUGACUAUUUUUACAAAGAUAUUAUCCCAUAUUGCCAUUCAUCUAAUCGGGUUGCACAUUUAUUUGAUGAGCAAUAUACGAAUGCGGCAAACUUUCAUGAAGGUCGGCCAAAGUUUGCUGGUGAGGAGGCAGCUGGAAUUAGAGAAAAGACUGAAAGAGAACAUGAUACACUCACUGAUGCCACCUAGUGUAGCCUAUUGGUUAUUAAACGAGGAUGAGAGUUUUAACAGGAGACCGUCCGCAGAAUCGGAAAACAACGACCUACGAUCCCUCUUCAGGCCGUUCAACAUGGACACAAUGAACGACGUGAGCAUCCUGUUCGCGGACAUCGUCGGCUUCACCAAGAUGUCGAGCAACAAAACCGCCGAAGAACUGGUCGACAUCUUAAAUAAUCUCUUUCAAAGGUUCGACGAUUUGUGUAAGAAUCAUUUUUGCGAGAAAAUCUCCACUUUGGGGGAUUGUUAUUAUUGCGUAUCCGGUUGUCCGAAACCGCGUCCGGAUCACGCCAAAUGCUGCGUAGAGAUGGGAUUGAGCAUGAUCCAAGCUAUUAAGCAGUUCGAUCAAGAGAGACACGAGGGUAUUAAUAUGAGAGUGGGCAUACACACUGGCACGGUGUUAUGUGGCAUCGUCGGUACCAAGAGGUUUAAGUUUGACGUGUGGAGUAACGACGUUACUUUGGCGAAUAAAAUGGAAAGCACCGGCAAACCUGGAAUGGUACACAUUUCGGAGAAGACCAGUACGUUUUUAAACAACGAAUAUUUGUUAGAGGAAGGCGAAUGUGUUUCUGGUCUGAAAACGUUUUUCAUCCUCGGAAGAAAGACUGACCACUGCCCGUCGUACCAGGGCAGCAUCCGGUCCGAAGGCAGGCAAAAGUACGCGAACUCACUCCAAUUGUUCGUGUCGCCGCCGCCAUCUGCCGCUUCCCUUUCGCCCCACUCGAGACCUCGAGUACUCUCCUGUGAUACUUCCCACAUAAGCAAAUCGAACCAGAAUAAAAACUUUUUAUCACCCGACUCUUGUAUUGUUAAAGCGAGCAGUCUGCCUAGUAUCUUAGAUUCCGAAAAUGAGCAAGACCCCCCGGACGGUUCAAACGUAGAAAGCAUCAAAACGCCUACGUCAACGGCCAGUUCCGGGAAAUAUUCGAUGAAAAUCAGAAAUUGGAAGAUACCGAAAUUUAUGCGGAAAACGAGCACCACCUGUGACGGCAAGCCUGAAAUCGACGUCGACUUUGCUUCUGGGGUGACGGACGCUAGCGAAGAAGGAUAUCAGCAAGUUCCAACGAUAAUCGAAACCGGUGCCUUAAACGGAAAAAAGGACUCACUAGCAACGCUUACAUCGAAAUACGAAGACUAUCCCGCCUGUAAAGAGACCAUCGACAUAAAAUCGUACAUCAGCCAUUCGCGAAGCGACAUUGGAGCCUUCGACUACUCGCACACGCCAGAAUUCGUCAGAGGAGGUAGCUAUAGAUGCAACUUUGGAAGAUCUUUUAACGGCGAUUUGUUCCAGUUAAAUCGAUCGGGCAGCAGCAGAUCUAGGAGAGGAAGGUCUCCUAAUUUGGAUAUUUUGGAACCGCUGGAAAGGGCUAGAAGUGCAACCGUGACAGUGAGCAAUAUUGCCAGACCUAAGCGUUCAUUUGACAUACCGAGCAGACUUUCUAGUAUAGCGAUGCUGGAUGAAAAUUCCGUUCCCAGCAGGAAGGAUUCUGGAAUUAGGAGCAAUAGUAGGAGGAGCAGUUUACAGAUGGACAACCGACUACUCAGCCAAGAACGUCUCCAGCACCGCGUCUCCGGCUACUACACCUCGAGCCUUAGCUCGAUGAAUUCCACCCAAGUAUCGAAAACAGUGAACUCGUCCCACGGACCGUUUUUCGAUAAAUACGGAACCUGCAUACAAAACUUACGGAAACAAUCCGACCGUCAGUUGAUCAAGUGCGUACAGGACAACUCCAAGUCGCAAGGGUCUUAUUUUAUAAAACCACCGAUAUCGCAGAUGAGUUUAUUUUUCAAAGAUAAAGUGAUGGAACUCGAUUAUCGAGCGAACGUGCACCGGAUCCAUACGAAUUUCGAAAUCGAUACCCUGGCUAAUUCAAGGUUUAACACUUUCCUCGAUAUAUUCGUAUCGAUUUUUGUGUUUUUAAUCGUUUCUAUUACUCUCGCGUUUAUUUAUGGCAUUAACGCGGCCUGGUUGAGCACCUUUAUUGCCUGCUCUAUACUGCAAAGUUUAAAUUUAGGGAUUUGCGUUAUACCAAUUGUGCGUUGGACCGAUAAGGUUUGUUGCUGCGGCAGAUUUUACCGCUGGAACGCUUUUGGGGCCGUUUUAGUCAGUUUACCUUUAUUUUCCGUGCUUGUUAAUUUCGCCUCGGAUAUCCAAAUAAACCAGUAUGAACUUUACAUGUACACUUACCCAUUGUUCGUGGGGUUACUGCAUUUUUGUAAUUUCACCCAAUUAAACUCCUGGAUGAAGAGCGUUAUCGGGUUAGUCCUGAGCGUUUCCUGGGGCAUUUUGUUUCUUAUAAAGCGCUGUACUGGUCAUAUAUUUGAUUCACCGGUUCACCAUAAUGCAACCGUGGGACCCCCAUUUGCGGCCUCAGAUUUAUACAACUCAACGACGAAUUCAACGAAUUAUGUUACCGAGACAAAUUGUUAUUUGAACAAUUUGGAUAUGAUCGUGAAUCUUUUUUUAUUGUUGCUCCUCGUGUGGUUGCUUAACAGGGAGUUUGAGAUAACUUACAGGCUCAGUUUUCAUACGAACUAUAUCGCUCACAGGGAUAAAAGUUUUGUGCAAAAACUGAAAAAUCAAGCGGAUUAUUUAAUUUAUAAUAUAGUGCCAGAGUAUGUGGCUGAACAACUGAAACGCGAAGCAAAAUAUUCGGAAAACUUUAAAGAUGUCGGUAUCAUAUUCGCCAGUAUAGUGAACUUCAACGAAAUGUACGACGAGAGUUUCGAAGGGGGUAGAGAGUACUUAAGGGUACUGAACGAGCUGAUCGGGGAUUUCGAUGAGCUACUUUAUAGGAAAGAGUUUAAAUGCGUGGAAAAGAUCAAGACGAUCGGUUCAACUUUUAUGGCUGCCAGUGGGUUAAACUCGCAAAUGCGCAGUUUACAGCAGGACCCCAACGAACAUCUUUACGUCCUAAUGGAUUUCGCUAUUGAAAUGCAACGGGUCGUUGAGAAUUUCAACAGGGAUUUGUUGGAAUUCAACUUAAUUAUCCGGAUAGGAUACAAUUUCGGGGACGUAACGGCCGCCGUAAUAGGAAACACCAAACUGUAUUACGACAUCUGGGGAGACGCGGUUAAUAUCGCUUCCAGAAUGGACAGUACGGGUGUGAACGGAAGAAUCCAAGUGGGAGAGCAUUGCUUGCCUGUUUUAGAAAAUAAAUUUAAUUUUGAGCCGAGAGGAUCGAUUUACGUCAAAGGCAAGGAUAACAUGAACGUUUAUCUUAUUAAAGAGCGAAAAGACGUGAGGAAUCCUGAGUUACUAAAUGUCCCCAACAGCUAAUGUUAUAUGAGGAAAAAGAUGCGAGAAAACAAUUUAUUUGGCCUAAGAUUAGGCUUAAGGCGAAGAGUUUGUGGACUCUUGACGUAGAAAAGAUAUUAUAUAAUAAAUGUUGUACCUACCGUCCUCUAGAAGAGUAUAUAGAGUUAAAAGUUGCUUGUAUAUUGACGAGGAUGCUGUGUGACCUUAUCAUUUAUUUUAAAAGCCGAAUAUAUCGACAGGCAAAGAGGUUCAUUUGCAAAAUUAGAGCAAAAUAAAAUGUUUAGUAGUGUUCAGGCUCUCCCAAAGGUUGAUCUGAUUGACCAUUGAAGUAAAUACAAAAUGUUACAUAAUUAUAUAGGGUGACCAUUUAGUACUACCUUUCUGCAUUGUGGCUGUAUUUUUGAAGCAAAAAAAUUCCAUUUUAAAAUUAUUUCAUAAAAGGCGUGGCAGAAGAAUUGUAUCUUUUUAAAUGAAACAUCCUAUAUAAUAUUUGAUUUUCUAAUGAUGCGUGAAAUUUUAAACAAUUUGAUGUAUUACGUGUUGUACUUUAAUCAAGUAGUUUUUGAAUUAGAGACAGUUGAAAAUCGACUUUUUCAACUUUAAGAGGCCAUAACUAUUCGUUAUAGGAAAAAAUCUUUUUCACAUUCCUAUCCUAACUUUUUUAAGAUCAAUCUCAUGACAUACAUUUUUAGCUACGUUAGCCGUCAAAUUUUUUUGACAUUUUAAGAAAAAACAAAGACAUGUGACAGUAGAUUUUUUUCCUUGUAUUAAACAUAUCUUAAAAAGUUAAGAUAUGACAUGUAGUUAGCCUCUGAAGUUGAAGAAAACCAAAUUUCAAUUGUCUCCAAUUCAAAAACUACUUGAUUAAAGUAUGAGAUGCAUGACGUCAAAUUUUUAGAAUUUUACAAUCUAAACAUUAAAUAAUAUAUAAAGUAUUCCAUUUAAAAAACAUAAAUUUCUACUGCCACGUCUUUUGCGAACACCCUGUAUGAGUCAAAACAAUUUUAAAAUCUAGCUUUUUUCACCCUCUAUACACAAAAAAAUGAUUUUUUUUUGCUUAAAAAAUGCAGCCACAAUGGAGAAAGGGAGUCCUAAAUGGACACGCUGUAUAUAGUUACACGUGUUUCACUUGAUUUAAAGGCAUUGUCAAACGUGUAAUAAUAAUUGAACAAAAAAUGAAAAUUCGAGUUGUAAAAAAAACAUCAAACUACCGUAUAAAGUACAACAUAUGUUAGGGUUUUUACAUUUGCACGUUUACCUACAGGGGUUACUAUAAGUAUUAGAAAAAAACUUACAAUAAGAUUUCAAAUCAAAAAUGCCCAUCGUAAAAUCAAAAAAACACAGCACUUUUAUUAAUGGAACGCCCUGUAUAUUUUCUUUGCACCAAAAAGAAACAUGAUUUCCAAAAUAUAUAGGAAAAUACAUUAUAUAAUACAUCCUAUUUAAGAAAAAGAGAAACGGUUCUCACUUUUUUAUUUUAAGUAGUCUUCGUUACUUUCAAUGGGACACUAUAUCGUGCAAGAAAACCCCUGUAAGUCCUAAAACUAAACCGUGAAAAGAAGUAUCAAGUGUUUUAUAAAAUCCAUUUUUAUCUUUAGGGUUUCUUGAAUUCCUUUUUUUUAACGAGUGACAUCCUUUUCUGGUUGUUUAGGUUAAAUAAAAAACAUUUUUAAAAGAAAUUGUUCAUUAGCAUUUUUGUAUAAUAAUCGGACUUAACCCUUUCUAUCCCGGGCCUUAAUUUGCAUAUUGGUCCCUCAAUCCCAAAGGUUUUUCCAUGCUUAAAGUCCCAUUGCUUUAUAUAUACGUCGCAUAUAAAUAAACAAAUAAAUGACCAAACAACGUUUUUUUAAUGAGCUUUUUUUAACAAACUUAAACGGUUUCUUUUCAAAAGUACUCAGAGAGCAGAAACAACUUAAAAAAUGUAACUAACUUAAAAAAAAUGUUAUGUAAAUUAACAUUAAAAGUUUUCUUUUGUGUGGUACGCCUCAAAACAUGGCACUAUACAAAGGCCGACUCCACAUCUUGCACACAUGUACCUCGAUUCGCUUCUUUUUUUCUGGUCUUUUCUGUGGCUACAAACGACACAUCGCUUCACUUUCUUAUCAGGAACUGAACUAGGAAAAUGUCGCCCUUUGAGGAUUCUUGAUUAAAGGGUUUAUAUUUCUGUUUUUUUCAUGUUUAUGUCUGAAACAAGAUGAAGAAAUAAGUGCACAAUAAAAAAAAAUUAUUACAAACUUACCUAUCAAAAAGUGCCCCUAUAAUGGUAAGUUGAUAAUCUGCAAGAGGUAGCCUUUCUGAAGAUUGGGUCAAAUAGAGUGCAUGUGCGCUAAGAAGAGACAGAUCAACCAUGUGGAAAAAUAGCUUUUUAUACCAUUUUGUGGUCUUUCUUACACAUUCCGUGGAGCUCAACAUCAUAUCUGAUCGAUCUAUUGCAUCCAUAUUUUCGUUGUAAUUUAUAACAACCGCUGGUUUUUGUAUGGACUUUUUGGUCUUGAAAUCUUCUUUGUCUUACGUUACCAUGCGAUCUUUAUGAAAAGUAAUCAGCAUCAUAACAUCACGCCUAUCCUUCCAUUUCACGCAAAGCAGAUUUUCGGCACACAUCGAGAUAGAUUCGCCUUUAGAUAAUUUUUGAAUUAAAUUGGGUAGGUAUGUACACAAAGUAGGGCUAGUUUACCAGUUGUCUGUAUACAGGUUAUGGCCUUUAUUCAAAUAUGGUUCUAUAAGAUUUGCUACUACUGAGCCUGAUAUUCCAAGAUCUUGGAACAGAUUUAUAUCUGUCGAUUUUCCAGUAUAGACAAUAACACCUAAUACAUAUCCUGUCUCGCAGUCACAUAUUAGAAAAAGUUUUAUUCCAAAACGAUGGCGUUUGGUCUUUAUAUACUCCUUAAAUCUCAAACGCUCCUUGAAAAGAACUAAGCUCUCGUCAAUAGCAAGAUUUUUAAAUGGAGUGAAGUACUUUUGGAACUGUUUUGUAAUUUUAUUGAGCAGUGUUCGCAGUUUGUGAAAAGAAUCAUCUUUUUUUUGCUCAGCAUUAUCUGAAAAGUGUAGCAUGCCAAGGAUUGCUUGGAAACGAUUCCUUGACAUUAUUUCGGAAAAUAUUGGUGUAUGAAGCAACUUAUCAGUUGACCAGUUUUCCUUUACUCUAUUUUUUCCAUGUCAUGAGGCUAGGAACAUAACACCCAAAAACACGUAAAAUUCGUUGAUAUCAGUUUCGCGCCAUUUACUAUUUUUAUUUGCAUAAACCUCGGAAGCAUAUUUGUUGGUUUCAGAGACAAUAAUCUCAACUAUAUCUGAGUCCAUAAAUAAAAGAAAAUAACUUAAAGCAUCUGACUUAUUUUCUAUGGAGUCCAAGUGUGCGCCGGUCUCUCUAUCAUCAAAAUCAUGCACUACGGGAAUAAACGGAGUUGUAUUCCAUUUCAGAACCAAAUUUUGUUUUAGGGCCAAAUUAUCUUGAAUCUCUUCAGGUGACUUAUUAUUUGUGUUUCUGUUUUCACCAUCAACGGGAUUUUCUUCGUCAGAUAACUCAUUAUUGCUAUUUUCGACCUCAUCAAAUAUAACUUCAUUUAUCUCGUCAUCUUCAUCCGAAUCGGGAUAAUACUCACUGCCACUAGAAACAUAUGGCUCUUUAUCGGAGUCUAAAAUCUCCAACAUAUCGUCCUGUCCACCAUAUAUUCCUGUUUUGAUAGCCCACAAAAGUCUCCACACUCAUCAUACCUUUUAUGUUUAGAACCUUUACUCAUAUUACGCGCGCGAUUGCGACUGUUGUGCCCGAAAUUAUUUUUAAAAUUGAAUUCUCAACACGCGAAAUGGUUCAACCGACCUGCAGCUUCACCUUCGAACUAUGCAUGUAACAACGUUGCCACCAGUGCUAAAAUAUAGCAUAUCUAAAAUAAGUGAACAAAUAUAUAUACGGCAGUGGGUUCGCAUGACCUGUCUUAGGUGCCAACAUUUUGCGGCUUUGGGAACAAUAACCUAACAUUUUCGGACAUAUUUCUACGGCAUUGGGACACCAAUGGGUCUAAAAUUUUAUAAGCAACGCAUAUUUUCGGCUUUGGUAAAUUGAGACCAUAACACCUUAAACGUAUAUAUACGGCGGCUGGGACUACAGACCCACUUUUUAAAAAACAUAUAUAUACGGCGUUGGGACAGAAAGGGUUAAUAGAUUUUCUCUGACAAAUUAAUUUCAUUUUCUGAAUUUAUCGGAUUUUUCUUACACUAGAGGCACAAUUUCAAAAGACUUUCACUUUUUUCUUUGUGCUUAUCGGUAAUAAACCUUUAUAUAGUGUGGGUAAUGUUUCUAGAAUUGCUGGUGGCCUACCUUUUCCCCUUUAUUUUUCUAGCUUUAAAAUUGCUGCAAUGUUCGUAUUUGAUUCGAUAAUAUCGGGAAGCAUUUUCGAAUACCGUAAACUUUAAGCGGCCAAUUAACUGUUUUCCCUUCAAUAUCUUUAUAUCUGUUUUUAAUCAGCAAUUAUAGGAAUGACCGCUCUCCAAAAAUGUAUGUUCAAUUAUCUUGAUACGGAUGACAUGUACUAAAUAAAACAAUUAUUUGAGAAUCUGUAACACGCACUGCAAGUCAAAUGUUACUGAGCAAAAACUUUUUUCCUUUUGUAUCCCUAUCUCGAUCUUUAUUUUUGUCUGCAUAGUACUCUUCUUUUCUUCCUAGAUGACUCAGAUAACUUUCUUUAUUUUCGUGUUUUUCGUCUUGCUGUUUUUCUCGCAUAUCUGGCAGAGAUCCUUUUUAGGUUUAAAGAAGGAUAAAGUAUAGAAUUUUCAAAAAAUUCGUUUAUAAAGUAAUAAAUGAGACAGCUUGGUUAUUUUCUUGCUCACAUUUAUCUUUAUAUGAAGAAUACAUCUUUGAUAUUGACACUUUUUUGAUGAUUUUCGUAUGCGAUGGGAUUCAUUUGUCGGGAAACUUGCAAUCUCAAUGUGCAAUUUCACGUCGGUAACAACACUGUCAGGAGUUUUGUUUCCAGUGUUCAAGUUCCUUUAUGUGCACAGCACCUUUAAUUUAUUUUUAUUUUUUUUUUCCAAAAUAAUAUUGCUUUGAAUCUUUUCGUGGUGGUCUAUUGUUGUUCCUAUAUCAAUAAAAUCAAAAGAAAAUUCUUUUAUCUUUGAAACUCAUUCAACAACUUUCACAUAUUACGUUUCUCUUUUUAACAGGAAAACUUCUGGCAUUAUUUGUACCCACAUUUUUGAUAAUUUAUGGGUUUUGGUUGCUUAGCUGGUCGCUGCUUCUUAUUUAUUUUAUAGUCUAGGCAUAAAAUCACUUCAUAUUUCUUUGCCACACUAUACCUCCAAGUUUCUGGAUGACUUGUCUCCCAUCUGCUUUCAAAUUUAGUAGACAACAAUUUAAAAAUUAAAGUAUUUUCAUUAUUAUAUUAGCCAUUUAAAAUCAUAAUACUUACUGCGGGAUCCGUGUCUUCUAAAACAGUUAUACAGGGUGUCCGGAAGCUAGAUGCAAUCCUUUAAGGGGGUGAUAGCUGACUUAAUUUCAAAAAUUUUAAGCUUUAUAUGUGUAGGUCGAAAUUUGUUUAUAAAUUUUUUAUGGCAAUUUUUGCAUUUUUCUCAAGAAAUACCAAAAUUUCACACUUAAACGGUAAUAGAGCGCAAGUUCUGUUAGUAUCGGAGUUUUAAAGUUUAUUUUGUUUUGUCUAAUGUAUAUUAAUAAAAAUACGAUCAAUUCCAAGGUUCUGUGUAAACUUAUAGAAAAAAUAGAGACAUUGAAACGACCUUUAUUUUUAGAUAUCACUCAUGCCGAUGCCUGGCCAAUUCUCAGAAUUAUGGCCUCUUUUGUGCGGCAGGUCAUGUAAACAAAAAUUAUUAGACUGAGACCUCUCAUAAGCUUACUAAGCAUUAGACCCCCAUUGUGGGGUUAUUUUAGGUUUUAAUGUUAAAUAAAACACAAUUUUGUUUAAACUAUUUAUUGUUCAUGUUCAAAAUGCAAUCCAUUAUUUCUAAUACAGGCACGAGCCCUUUUUGUUACUUCGGUGGUGGUUACUCUUAUGGUCAUAUCUUCUUUCAUCCUGUCAAAUGCUUCAUUUAUUUUGCGAAUCAACUCUUCUCUUGUUCUUAUUUCGGUGGUGUAUACAAGCUCCUUUGCCCGGCCCCAUAUGAAAAAAUCCAAUGGAUUUAGGUCAGGCGAUCGAGGAGGCCAAGGAAAGGUUCCGUCUCUACCGAUCUAACCGUCCGGAAAACAGUCGUCUAAGUAAUUCCUGACAGCCAAGGACCAAUGCACUGGACAACCAUCUUGCUGAAAGAUUAUUGGUCCAGCUUCGCCUAGAAGAACGGGGAUAUCAUUUUGUAGAAAAUCUAAAUAGUUGGCACCAUUUAAAUUCUCUGGUAGAAAAUGUGGCCCAAUAAUAGUCCUGCCUAUUACUCCGGCCCACACAUUGACCGAAAAUCUGUUCUGAAAUGAUUUUUGUUUUUUCCAGUACUGAUUUGCAUCUUUGGCAGCCCAUUCGUGGAGGUUGUGGGAGUUGGUAAUACCCUCCCUGGAAAAAUUAACAUUCCGAUUAAACUGCCUGGGUUCUAAUACCUUUACAUUAUUUGGUAGGGCAUUAAAACAGAUUAUGUAAAAUUAUAUUAGGGUGGGGAACGUUAUAAAAUAUUGCCGACACAAUAACCCAAAAUUCUCACACGCCCUCUCUGCAAUCCAAAACUCUUCUUAGCAUGAGGUUUAUGUCCCCAAUUUAAUACUUCAUACGACAUAUUAGAAGAAAACUACUCAUAGUAAUCGAGGAGAGGCCAUUUAAAUUUGUGUUGGAAAAAUGUUUCGAAUACUUAUGGAAGUCCAAUAGGUUUAAGUGCAAAUAUAAAAAAUACCGCAGUACAUACAAUUCUGGUACAAAAUGUGUACUUUACAGGUUUAUUACUGAAGUUUCUACAACAUACCAUUCUAUUACCACUAAAAAAGAGAGUCAAUAAUAAAGUUUGUUAAUGCAAAUUACAAUUUGGAUAAUAUACUUAAAAGUAGCAUAAAUUUGGGUCUAUAAUCUACAAAAAAAAAGUUACUGUAGGAUUAAUCCCUUAUUAGACCCCCUAAACGAAUUAAAGUACAAAACUUUUAUUCCGAGCGGAAGCGGCUUUUUUAAACAGUUUUAUCUAAGACGAGUUCCACUGAAGAACAAACCCUGGUUUUACAUUUAAAAUAUACAGUGAUUUUAUAGUGUACAUUUUACAUACUACGACUCUUUGGGAAUCAACUACCAAAGGCACAUUUAUCGUAAUUCUCUUUAGGAUUAAUUUACUGGCUACUAAUUAAUAUUUCAUAUACCUUGACUCCUUCUCAUCUACCUUUUUUUUAUGGAAAGUUCUUUCGAUUUUAGGCCAAAUUGUGCUUGUAUAACGCCCUUUAAAAAAAAAUUACUAUACUCUACAGUUUGGCCCCUCAUGAUAACUGUGAUAGCUUGUUUUGUUGCAUUUUCAAAUUAUUAUUUAUUUUGUAUUUAGCUAACACUACAGAUUGUAUUGCUUAAGAUAUAAGCAGAUUAGAGUCAACGGGCUUUAUCAGAAUUUAUCGCAUUUUGUUUUUAUUUGUUAGCGAUUAUAUACAUAUUUUUUUAAAUCUAGUUUUUUUUUAAUCCUUUUUUGCUUAAUUAAAACUUACUUUUACAAUAAGUUUGAACGUAGUUGGCAAAAUGCUUUUUUUUGUUGUCAUUUGGAGGGUGACUAUCAUAUUUCAAAUAACCCUCGCUUAUACAGGGUGAUUUAUAUAAGCCUAGACAAGUGAAAUUUAUUGUAGCAAACAAGUGUGAUGUAGGCUUUUCAAAACACUUUGGCAUAGAACUAAGAGCCGAAACGACCUUAUUAAAACACCCCGUAUAUAAAGGAUCAUAAUUUUCAAUUUAUUAAAUCUAUUGCAAUUUAAUAUUAUUAUUAUUAUUAUUAUUUAGGCUAACAAAGUGUAACCGGCGCACCAAUUUUACUUUGUUCACACUUUUGGGACCAAGCGACUUAAGUAAAAUCUAUUUUGUUAUGACGAUUUUUUUUCUAUUUUUUUAUUUCUAUUUUGUUAUGAAAAUUUAUUCAGGUAUUUAGAAGAGUUAUGAAGUUAAAUCUUUAACGAGACUUUUCGUUAUAUUCAAUUAAAUCUAAGUUCAGUGAUUCUUAAAUUCAAUAAUUUACUUGAGAUUUAAUAGAUUUUUUUAUAUAUCCAGAAGCCGAGGUUUUACCUAUCGACAUCCUACCUAGCUUUAUAUUUUACUACUUAUUUAUUGAAUAAGAAAAUCUAAUUUAAACCAAGGUUUCGGUAGUUAAACCUACUAUCGUUAUCAAAGUAAAUAAAAUUAAGUAUUAUUCUUGUAUCUCUUUGAUGCUUCCUCAAUCAAAGGCUUUUUUUAACUAGUCGAUUAUCUAAUGAAACGUUGGUUCAAAUUAGGUUUUCUUAUUCAAUAAAAAGGCAUACGGAAAAAAAUGUUAAUACAGUGGUGAACAACAGUACGCAAACAAAAAAACGACUACUUAUUCAAUUAUUCUUUUUUUUUUAAUAAUUGCUUGGCAUCGCCUUCGAUUUUAUUCCAUUCUUUCUGCAAAUCUUGUAUGUCUAGUACUAAAUCACAACCCUUAUAUAUAUUCAAUGGGGUUUAAAUCUGGAGAUUGGGAUGGCUGCUUAGAUCAAGAAAAACAUCCCCCCAUUAGAUUAAAAUUUACUUUUAUCAUGCCACUGAAGAAUAUUUCAUCUUUCUUGAGAUACUUUAUUUUUUUUUAAUAUUAGCAGCAAGUCUUCCAUAGAGGCCUUCAUCAAGUUGAUCGUUUCUUACGGUACUGCUUGUCACGUUAAUACACUUGAUGUCAAUCGUUUUUUAUCAUUACCAUCAUCUAACUCAAUGGAGUUAUUCGCUAUUUGACUUAAUUUCUCUUUUGGAAGAAGAUAUUUCCACUUUAUCUUGUAUAUGGUCUUUGUAGACAUUUGAAUCAUCAAAGGCAAGAAAAUUGUUAUCUGGUAAUCCCGGAACACCUUGAUUGGGGUAGGUAUUUUCUGGAUGAGAUUUAUCAUUAAUGCCAGGUUCUUUACUCGACUCACACAUGAACAAUUAAAAAAGAUGUGCUACCUUUUUCUGCUCGUAUUAAUGUUUAAAUUGCGCAUGUACUAUCACGCUGUCGGAUCUUAUAUUGCUCAUAUCACACACAAAUUUUCUUCCUGUACCAAAAGCGUCACAACACAGUCUUAUGAAAACAGUUUUAUUUCUGUUAAAUUUCGUACCUUCCAGAAUGUAUUUUUUUUUUAAUAUAUAGAAAUUGAAAAUACUAUAAUAUAUAUUAUACUAUAUAUAAAUCAAUAGGAAAUUGAUAUUAAUUAAUAUGCGGUAGCUUUAAUUGUAAUACCAGCUUGUUCCUAAUAAUUUAAUAAUUUAUUUCGAUUAGACGUAGCUAAACUAAAUCAUAUAGUGAGAUAUAUUAUUGUCCUUACUUAAGGCGGAUAUAUUUAAAUGUUCGGGUCCAAACGUAUUUAUAUUAUUUUGGCAUUGGGUUAACAUAUUUAAGGCCAAAGUGGCCUUAAAAAUAUUAGUCAAGUACACAAAAUGAAGUAGCAUAGAACUUAGCUACCUAUAGCGGCUUUUGAUAGCAGAAUAUAUCAUAUUUUCUAUUUUCAAUAAACAAGGAUGUUUCUUAUUAAAACAGUAAAAAAAGUUGAUAUUUCAUAUUACGUUACCACUUGUAUCAUUUAUCGAAUGUAUUAUAUAUAAAAUGUUACUGUUUAUUUGUUGAACUGUACAAUCUGAAUAUUAUAUUAAGUUUUAUUUAAGACUCUUUUAAAUGCAAUAAAGAUUCUACAAAAAGGGCACAUUUAUUAUCAUUUUCGAAGCCAAAAAAAUGGAUAAUAAACAGCAUCUCGAUCUCAGUAUUUAGAAAUAAUAGAUUUAGUCUAGUGGAUAACGAAAUUAUGGUAACAGUAAAUGUGACUUUUUGUAAUUCAAUCAACGAGCAAAUCAUUUUUCUAUAGGUUAUGUCGUUAGUAAUUGAAUCACUUAUUUGAAAAACACCUUUAGUCACGAAAAGCAAGUUUCUGUGAAAUCAACUGUAUAAUUUACCCGAAUUUAUUAAAAUCAUAAGUAAAUUCGAUAUUAUAAAAUUGGAUGUAUUUUUUACCUAUCUAUUUAUUUAAACACAGACAUUCUGUUUUUUUUGUUUAACUUAAAAAAAUGUAUAUUAUAUUAUUUUCUAAUCUUCAUAUUCCUUUGUAGCCAAUAUAAACCAGAGUCAAUAAUUUUUAAAUAAAAAAAAAUGGUGGGUAAAAUCCAUUGAAAAAGGAAGAGACUAUAACGAAAUGAAACGAAAAAUACUUUCUGUCAAUCUGAGGUAGGGAACUGGAAGGGGGUGAGUUUUUAAGCAUAAAAACGAUUCAUCUCUAAUUCCGGAAAAAUUACAUAAAGUCCUUUGGGAAAAACUUAAAUUGCAAAGUAGGUGAUAAAAAGAUCUACAGUUUUUGUAUUUACACAUUGUUCACAUAACCUCAAAAUUUACGUGAAGAAUGCAAAUAAUCGAUAUAAAUCGAAUAAAUAAGUUUUUAGUUUUUAUCUUUUACAAAAAAAAGUACACCUUUGGAAAAGUUUCUUCAUUAGUCAAUUGAGGCGUUAAGAAUCAUAGAGGCCUAACCCCAAAAUAGAAGAAAUGAGUAAGUCAAGUGUAAAAAUCGGUUCCUUUUCAAUGGUGGCUUUUGUAAAAAUUUUAAGUUUAUUAUCAAUCUAUUAAUAUUUUAUCAAAAAGAUGAUUUUUAUGUGGGUUAGGCAACUUAUUAGGGAUUCCGUUUUGCCAUACUUGCCAAUCUUUGAGUUUGAAAAUUGGUGUCUAGUACCAUUCGAAAGUUUAAUCCAUUGCAUUUGCAUCCAUUCCACCUUAGAACCAUCUGAAGUAAUUUUUCUAUUAGUAAUAGCAUCCUCCAGUUUCUUGAAAAAAAAAUAAUUUUUUGUCAUUUUAACUGCUUGGAAUGGCUUUUGUUUUCGUGCAGAUCUUUAUGAAACUUCUUUCAUUUUUCUACAAUUCCGAAUUCCUCGAUCACAGGAAGGAUAUGAGUGGCUUGACACUAAAAACUUCUAAUUAAUUGCGUUGAACUUGUCAUGAAGUCGCAAAUUAUGGUCCAUCUUAAUGUUGCGAUUUUGGCCGCAACAUUGAUCACUAUACAUGAAGUUUUCUUUCCGACACAGAAUUUUUGCAAUAGCGGAUAACACAAGGACCAAUCUCUUGAGAAGAAGCCCCGAUUAGAAGCAACCGAUUCAUUCCAGACAUACAUUACCACAGUCUUAGCAGCUAAAUCAUGGAUCCCUUAAACAAAAAAACACUUUAAAAAUAAAUUGUGUUCUAUUAUUAAUUUAGCGAUAAGCUAAUUUACCUACACAAUAUGUCCAGUGGACAAAGUCUUCAUCAAGUCAAAUGUAAUAGUGACUGUUUCAUUUCUCGCUAAUUUUUGAAACUGUAGCUCUUGUUGUGCUUCCAGGUUCUUUAUUUCUUCGUCUCUACUAAUUUUAAAUUUAUUAUUUAAUUGUUAGCAUUGAAAAUAUUUCUAAAUACAUGAUUGCUGACAGGAGACGCUUACUAUUUUUUAUAUAGAUUGCACAAUAUUUGUAUAUUUAAAUAGGGAGCCAAAUAUUUUCUGCCGGUCUUCGUUCUGGAAUAAUGGGAUUUAAAAACAGGAAAUUUUUCCAUAAAUUCCUUAACUUCUUGAACCUUUGGAUCAGGCGUUUUCUUAGCAUAAGGAUUACUUCUUCGUUGAUUUAUUGGAGGAAUUCUCUCUGACUUUUUAAGCAGAACUCUUGAUAAUCUGCAAUCCGAACUCUUUGCAAACUUUCACGUAAAACUUCCAUUUUCAUUUGGUAAUUUAUAAACUCUCAUACUUUGCCUGCUCUGUUAAUUUUCCGUGUAUACCCUAUUUUUUUGUACAUCCACUGGUCAAAUUAUAUAUGAUGAUUGCAAGUCUAAAUUUGCCAAAUUAUAAAAACGUUCUUUAAUUUUUUCAGGGCAGUUAUUAAUGCAUUUACAAAUAGGAUCAUGAACCACUUUUGCAGUAAUAUUUUGCGUCCUUGCAUUACUACAAUCAUUUCCUGAUGCUGUUUUAAAUUUCCGAGAAUUAGAUUUCCAAAUUUUCUCCAUUCAUAUCCGUUUUUUGCCUUUUAGAUCAGAAAUAUCCGAGAAAGUAUCUAAAAUAAACAAACGUGCCUAGUAUUGUAACUUUUGCCGUCUAAACCUAAUCUCACCUAACCUAAAUUGUUACUUUAAGCAGAAGAGGGCAUUUAAAAAAAUAAUAAUGUACUUAUAUGUACAUUUGUAAUUUACGUAAUAAAAUGAAGCUUACUUUGACUCUGCAUAGUUUAAACACUUAUUUUUUGACACAAAAAUACUAGUUUUAAUUUCACGAUAACAAGCACGUUUUAACCUAAACGCACGUAAAUAAAUGAUAAUCUUAACAUAAUAGUGGCCUAACCCACGAUGUAAAACUUGUGGCCACAUCCCCACAUACAAACUAAAUAAAAAAAAUGGCCUAACCGAUAUAACCGCUUAGGCCAUUUUUUUUAUCGAAUCUUUGGGUAUUCGGGAAUUAUUUUCUAUGUUUAUCUAAAUUUCGAUUUUUUGUGGAUUAGGCCACUCUAAUUCUUAACGCCUCAAUUGUGGCGUUCCUCUUUCAAAAGUAGCAAACAUAUGGAUGAAUGUACUAAUAGGCCCCAAUAUGGCCGAAACCAUGACUUAUGGUUUUUCUCACAUAAGUGAUUCAAUAAUUUUUAAUCUAAAAGUGCCUUUUCUUGUUUAAUUUCUUUUUGUUAUGGUGUAUGUUAUGUGUCCGUCCCCUCUUUUCUGUACCGAUGUCUAAAUUAAAAAAAACAAUACAUAAAAGCUGU